CAGCCUUCUCCCGUCGCUGGCCGUUCCCUUCCCCGCAACCCUUGCCAUGCUUCGACGUGCGUACCCGCCACCGGCGAUAUAAGCGCACGGCGCCCACCAACCCGCGCAAGCAGUGACGCGCACGGAUCAUUCAAUCUGAGCAAAGCCGAGACACCAACGAGCUGCUUCCGAUUACGACGAGCCCAGCACCAACCUGCUCAGAUGCGCUCUGAGGGCGAGGCGACGGCAAUGCCGGCGCGGCGGGCGUCGCCGCCCCCUCCGCCGUGGGAGGCGCUCCCCCUCGUCGCGCCGUUCCUCGACGCCGCGUCGCUCGCGGCGGCCUCCUGCGUCUCCACGUCCUGGCACGCCGCCUUCGCCGCCGACUACCUCUGGGCGCGCCUCUGCGCGCAGCACUACCCGUCCGCGCUCGGCCUCCUCCGCCACCUCCCGGACACCACCGACGACAGCGCCAGCAGCGGCCGGUGCCGGUGCUCCUCCACCACCACCUCCUCCUCCCCGCACCGCCGCCUCUUCGCGCUGUUCCGGUCGGCGUCCACCCGCAGCCGCGUGCUCCCGGCCCCGCGCCUCGCCCUCGCGGACGUCGCCUUCGCCGUCGACAUCCUCACGGCCGGGGGCGAGACCAUCCUCUCCUUCGCGGUCGCCGCCGCCGAGGCCGGCGGCGGCGUCAAGAACGCGGCGGGGCUGUUCCUGUUCGGGGUCGACGUUGGCGGCCGGAGCGCGGCGAUCGGGCCGGGGGAGUGGCGCGUCCGCUGGACGGCGGUGCGGACGGGCACCCGCGGGGACGGCGGCGCGCCCGCGGCGGUCCUGAUGAUGGACGCAAAGGUGCCGGCGGCGAGGGCGGCGGGCGCCAUCGUCGGCUUCGGCGGCGGCAGAGGGGAGGCCGGGGUCGCGGCGGGGCUGCCCGCGCCGGGAUGCGGCGGCGCGAGGCUGGAGGCGGAGGUGGUCUUGGAGCUGGCCGGGGAGGAGAAGAUGAUCGAGAAGGUGAGGCUCGGGGUGAUGUGCGAGUGCCGCUACGUGAGCGCCGACGAGGGGCUCAGAUACCUGCAGCAUUUCCUCCUGUAGAAUGCACGGCUUCCGCCGGUGAUCCCGUGCACGGUCGAAUCGGAGUUCCGAUUAUCUGCUACAGAGUAGAACAUGUAGUGCAACAAACUGUUUGUUUUUUACCGUUCAAUGAAUUAAUCUUGUGAAUUAUGUACAUGCUCGUGUGGUGAUUGUCGAAUGAGCAAGUUUCUCCUCUUGUGAUUUGGAAUUU